CCUGUCAUUCCUCACGACCUCGAGAACUGAAUAUGACCUCAGAUUACGACGCUUGGAGGGCCGCACACUCUGAGGGCAAACAUGCGUUCGCACAAGGGGACUUGCACGGUGCGAUUCGACUCUUCUCAGAGGCUCUAGUCCCGGCUAAGAGACUUGGAGCAGAUAAGGCGGUACGAGUACUCACCACCAGAGCAUCUAUCUAUGUCGAACUGUUUGAUUUCAAGUCGGCAAGGGUAGAUGCAAAGGAGUGCAUCAAGCUAGAGCCGAACAACUACGAGAGCUAUACGCUAGGCGCAAACGUCUUUGCUGCAGAAGCAAGGUACCCUGAAGCGCUCAAGAUUUUGGAAAGGGGAAAGGCAUUCUGUCCGAAAAAAUCGCAUUCGUUACUCGAUGCCCGGCAUUCGCAAAUAUACGAACGACAGCAAGAAGCAGGUUUCCCUCCUGAAGGCUCCCGCUGUAUAGAUCCCCUCGCGGUCCUGCCGUUGGAAGUGUUUGGGAGGAUCAUCGAGAUCGGAGUAGACACUUACCAUCCUGACUUCGCCCUCAGACCUAGCUGGGUAUCGAGGCGGUGGAGAUCGGCGGCCCUUGGAACUCCAUCUGCUUGGAAAUCUUUUCUAUGCCAUCAUUAUGCCAUGCGACGGGGCCUACACAUGGACAGGCACAUGGAGCGGAAGAUCGAAGCCUGGGACGAACGUUCCAAGGGUCGAAUCACUGCGAUCAAGGUCUCUCUUGAUUACGCGUCCUUGACAAGACCGUGGUUCCAGGAGGCGACGCGAAGAAGACUUUUCAUCUGCCUGGAGAAAUGGCUCGUCCAUUGCCGGAGCUUCGAGUUGCAUGCACACGUCAGUUUUGCAAGCGAGGCCAGAGUCUGCAUGCGCGGCCAAGCUGUCGAACUGAAAGAAUUAUAUGCCGACGACUUCGCUUUCAAAGCGCUCGUUCCGCGGGAAAACACUUCACUGCGAGUUUUGGACCUCACGAAGACUUUUACCAAGGACACCAGCUAUAGCGGAGCAUCUGCCAUAUCGGGCUGUCUGCCUGCAAUUGACCAGGUACAACAAAUCCGAAAGCUGGUUCUGAAUCGCGAUCAUCUCUUAGGAUACCUCCAAAGCGGCGUCUUGGGCGCCAUGAAUCGAGUGGAAACAUUCCAUGUGCCAGAAUACGUAUACCGUGUUUGUCCUGUCGGUGGUUACCCACAAUAUCCUGGCCCUGGGGGACUGCCUAAUCUCCCGUCGCUCGCUUGGCUGCGAGGAUCGCCAGCGUGUUUGCUUGGAGCGCUGGCGUGCCCGAACCUCACCAGUCUUGAAAUAGGUCCAGGUUGCAAUUGCAAGGCUGCGGUUAUCACGCAGAUCUUCAACGAUGACCGGGAGUAUCCUGGCUUUUCGCCAGACAAAAUCGCUAUCCUUCGAAUCACACAGGGUGUCCACAACACGUCGUUGUCCGCCAUUUUGCCACGCAUGACAAAACUGCACUGGCUUUAUACGGAACAAUGCGUUUCGAACGAGACCAUUGAAGCGCUCACCGAUGCUGCGGUCAAUCCUUGCCUCCAUACGAUCCACAUCCGGGAUGCGAGAUCGCUCACCGGGACCCCCCUCAUGCGCAUGAGGUAUCACAGAUAUACGAGUUGCACUUAUCGAUGUGCGACCUGUUGGAAAAAGAAGCGGAAGAUUGGCUGAAGCGGAACGUUCCCAGAUGUCGGAUUGAGCGUAUCAAACCUCAAGCACCGGCUUCGUACAGAGACCGAAUGGCUUAUUGAGGGACCCAGAUUAGACUGGAUGAUCCGAUGGCAGUGCCCGUCCCGUGGCUGGCGAUCC